CAGAUUUACGGUGGUGUACAAGUUCGCAUCAUCGUCGCUAUGGAUACCAAAGACCGAGCGAGUUUGGCGAAUGAACGUAACAUCUCUGUAACUUUACAUUAUUGAUUCUUUCAUUUUCUUUCGUGUUUAACAAGCUACGGUACGGAACGGUAUAUUGGAGCUAUCUGAAACCAGUUGUUUUGUAAAUUUAACUAGCUUGUUAAAUCUUAGCACAUUUACAGUUAGCAAGCAACUAGCUGUUUUUAAAGAACCUUAUGGCAGUGUAGCUUCUUCAGACCCACUGUACUCUGUUUUAAGCUUUUUAUAAUCAAUGUUUACACUGAUGGAUAUGAACGAAACCGCGGAGUUACAUGAAAAGACAGAUCUAAAAGCCUCCAACGAAGCUUUAGAGUUUCUUUCCAGCAUUGAACCUAAAGAUGUAGAUCAGUGCCUGUUUGUGGACUCUAUGGUGACGGUUUCAGACACUGGAAGAGAGCUAGGAGAGUUCUGUGUUAGUGUACAGAAAGCCAGCUAUAAUGAAGAACCUUGUUAUUUGGUACAUGCUAACAGCCAUGGAACAAUCGACAAUAUCCCCUGUGGCACUUCUAUCACGGCUUAUUUAUCCAGGAGCCUAGCUACACUAGAGGAGAAUCAUGAUGAAUAUAUGAAGCUGCAGGAACAUACACUGGAAAAGAAGUUACACAUUAUGAGGCAAGGCAGUCAUCUCAUUGUGAACACAAUCAUCACAGAGAAAGAUGAAGUGAAAAAGCAAGCAUUCACAUUCCCUCUGGAUUCUCUGCAAGGUUUUUUGUCUGAGAGCUCAAACCUGGUGAUCCUGCGCAUUUUGGCUAAACGGAAAAAAGUUCCAGAAAAUUUGACAUUCCUCUCAUUUGAUACCAACACCCAGAUUGGAGUGUCAACCUAUAGGGAGCUGGAUGUCAAGAAGCAGGUAAUUGGCACAGAGGUGGUGGAGGUGUUUGGCAUUGAGAGGACUGUCUCCUCGGCAGAAAAAAUCCCUGCAACGUGGCACUGCUACUUCCUGCCAGAUGGACAUUUAGCCAGCAGAGUGCAGGUUGGCUCAUCAGUAACAAUGAACCUCCUACAGCUUCCACUUAUAGUCAGUGAAGGUCUGUAUAUUGGUCUUUUACUUUCCACUGAUUAUAUCUUCAUCAGAAACACUUUUCUGAUGUUUUCUGGUGUACAUCUAACAUUUUUUAAAUGUAAUGUUCUGUUAUGUUUGUUUUUAGAUGAGAGAGAUCGUAAGUCAGGCUGUGAGAAAAAGCCCCUGGUCUGGGAAGAGGAUAUCGAACUGUACUCAAAGUUCCUUGACAGAAAGGAAGAGCUGAAGGCUGAUCACUCCACCUAUGUUAGACAGCACCCUGAGCUUAAAGCACUACUGGCUGACUUCCUACAAAUGCUGCUGUUGAGAAAGCCUCAGGAUGUUUUAUCCUUUGCCCAUGACUUCUUUAUUCCUUUCGACUCUCAGCGUCCAGCAGAAAACACCGUUUUCACGUCACAAAAUAUAACAGCUGAACAAGAUAAAUCCUAGUCAAACCAGGUUUUAAUGUUUUGCAGUGAAUAAUUUAAUAAAGUUUUUUCUUUUGUGUCAAAUGUAAACCUUCCCUUUAUAUUUAAAUUACAGUACAGCACUUGCAUACCUCAGCAAGGCAUACAGCAGAGGGUUAAAGGCUGUAUAGUGGCUCUAUCAUGGGAUUUGACUGUACAUUACUGUCACUAAUAGGCAGAAUGAAUUUGCAGUUUGGCUAGAAAGAAAUCAGGCUUUAAUGUUUAGUUUGAUUACACGGGACUGCACUGGAAGAGUCAUUGAGCAUGGCCUUUAACCUUUCAAGCUGUAUGAUCGAACUGAAAUAUAUGUCAAAUAAAUAAACUAGUUACUUAUCACAUGACAUGAUUGGUUACAACCACAAACAUCAGAGCCCUAUAUAGAUGAGUGUCUAGUGUAUGUCUAUGAAGGUAACAAACACUCUUUACUAUUACACUAUUUAUAGCAUUUUCUUGGACUCUUUCCAUUUCCUUCUGUAAAAGGAUUCCAAUGGUAUCAAACUUCGACUUCCCCAUUUCUAAAAUUUGGCCAUGUGCAGUAUUUCUCAUUGAGUGAGUCUCAUCAUAAAUGAACUUGUAAAAUUUUGGAUGCGAGGCUUGCUAAAGUAU